AUGGAAGAAACCAGGUUUUUCAAACUUUGCAGCUUCUUAAUGGUCGUUCUUAUGAUCAAUAUUCAGUUUUUGAAAAGUGCUACAUCUGAUGCUUAUACACUUGGUGAUGAGGGAAAGUGGAAUGAUGAGGCAGACUUCGUCUCAUGGUCACAGAAAAGAAAAUUCAAAGUUGGUGAUGUUCUUCGUUUUAAAUAUGUGAAGGGGAAACACAAUGCUUAUGAAGUAACAGAAGCUACCUACCGAUCAUGUGAUGCGAGCUCUGGAGUGUUGGCAAAGUAUGAGAGUGGAGACGAUCAAGUAAAACUUACUCAAGCAAAGAAGUAUUGGUUCAUUUGCAAUAUCCCUGGACAUUGCCUCGGGGGAAUGAGGUUUAGCAUAGAUGUUAAAGAAGCAAGUGCCUCUGAUUCUGGGGCUAAUACCACAAACAGUGCUAUAUCAACUCCUCCGAGGGAAUCAUCUCCACCAGUCAGUUCUUGUAGAAGUUAUGACACUGUUAGGUGGAGCAUGGGAAUUCAUCUUGUUGCAUUUGGAAUAUUACUGACCUUCAAUUGAGAAGGCUAAUUGGAGCAGGUGAAGCUUGCAAUAGUUUCUAUAUCUUUCAGCCCAAACAGUCCGUUGCUUUUUCAAUUCACCAUCUUGAUAAUAAGACACUAUGGUAUCAACGUCGA